GACGAAUAUAUGCGCAAAAGUUACUCUUCAGCGGAGUACGCUAAAAACGGAAAAAGGAAACGGCAAAAUCGGCGGAAUAAAGCCGCUACCAAUCAUAAACGUUCUGCAGUUCCGCCAUUCCGCAUCCCAUGUGAGCGCACCCGCAGGUUCCUCCAUGACUACACUAUACACUACACUCACUACACUCACUACGGCCAACUACGGCAAGGAUCAUAAAUCGCAUGAACACGUGUGAGAACAUAUCUAUCGGAAGAUUUUUUAAGAUCAUUGAUUUUAGUUUGCAAUUAAGUACAUAUUCCUCAAAAUAUUGUAUUAGAAAUUCUAUCAAUCCUAGGGACGCAUUAACCAAGUGUUAUUCAAACAAUACAAUGGAUACUUCGGAGGAUUUACAGCAUAAAGAAUGUUUUACUUGUUUAACUUGUAAAGUAAAAUUUACAGAUUUGACAGUAUUCAGAGAUCAUUAUCGUUCCGAAUGGCAUAGAUAUAAUAUGCAUGUAACAGUGAAUGGAUUACCUUCAAUCACUCUUGAAGACUUCCAAAAGAAGGAAGCAAUUUAUCGUCAGAAUACUGCAAACCAAACUAAGGAAAAGCACAUUUGUAAGGUCUGCCGAAAAAAGUUUAAUACUCAAAAACAGUAUGAAAAUCAUCUGGUAUCAAAGACUCACAAAAAUAAAUUGGAACAAAAAAAUAAAAAUGUAUUUGUUGAGUCUCCUUUUUACAAAUCUACAAACAUAAAAACUAUGUCCAAUGAAAAUCAAGAGGAAAUCGAAACAGAUUCCGAUGUGGAAUCUUUGGAUUCAGAUGAGUGGCUCGAGGACUCAAAGUAUCAUAUUUAUGAAAAUAAUUGCCUCUUUUGUGAUCGUCGUGGUACAUCCAUAACAUGCAUCAUGAGACACAUGACAAAGAAGCAUUCAUUUUUCGUACCUGAUUUUGAGUACUGCGUAGAUCUAGCUGGCCUAUUAGAAUAUUUAGAACAGAAGAUAUUUACUGAAUUCAAAUGCAUUUGGUGCAAUGAGUCAGGAAGAAAAAUGCGAAGUGCAAAUGCGGUCAAGAUGCAUAUGAUCGACAAAGGCCACUGUAAGAUGUUGUUUGAAGAAGAGACAAUGCUUGAAUAUUCGUCUUUUUAUGAUUACUCGUCCAGUUAUCCAGUCGUCGAGAAUAGCGAUGUGAUCGAUGAAGAGUUGCCAGAACCACCGGAGAUUUUAGAUGAUGGGUCUUACACAAUGACUUUACCGUCCGGCAAGUCAAUCGUCCAUCGUGACUUAGCGCUUUACUAUAAGCAAAAUUUACCUGCGGAACGCAAAGUAACGAUAAAAGAUUUUAAUUAUUGGCUUAAGAAACGCUUGUUUAAGCAAAUAUCAUUUGGUACCGAGAAUAAAAAACUCGAAGCCAACCGGAUAGCAGUACGAGAUACUCGAAAUUUCCAACGAAUCCAAGCAAAGUACUCGACGCAGCUGCAGAUCAAACAGAACAAACUACAAAAACAUUUCAGGCGGCAAACGGAUUUUUAACUAUAAUGGCCAAUUGUACUCUAAUGAUUUUUAGAAAAGAUGUACAAAAAUUAUAAAGAAUAUAAUACAUUGCAUAUAUAAGAUAAAAAA